CGCCAGUGUAAGGAGGCUUGAGUUUCUUCACAGAUAGUUUAGUGAUUGAAGCCUUCAAACUUGACGAAUUUUGUUUCGAGUCACUCCUGGAUAACUUAGUCACCGCAAAACACCAACCUCCUGACUUCUCCAUCAACACUCCCUUUUAACCGAAACCUCACUCCUUCUUACAAGCCGGUUAACGCAGGAUAGGACAUUUGGCUGGACAUCAUGCCCGAUAGUCAAAACCUUAGUCAACCAUUCGCGUCUAGCAAUGAAGCUGAUCGACUCGCGACCCUUGCUUCCUUGAACUUGCCGUCGGCCCAUCAAGUUUCAAACCUUUCGGCUUCUUUUGAUUUCGAUGGUCGAUCAUCGGCACCGUCUUCCCUUUACUCCUCUGCCGCCACCUCGCCUAAUUCUGAACAUCCUCCCAUUAGGAAAGAUAAAUCUUACUUGUCAAUCAGUCGCCCCGAUUCUCCAGCUACCAACGCGAGCCCGGAUUGGGUUAAUGAUGCCCCUCGAGAAUCGCAUCAUCCAAGUGCCACCCAGACAGGCUCCCGGGACGCGUCAAACGCUCAGGAUCCGCUCAUGUCGAUUUCAGUUGAAAAUUUCGCUUCCGCAGAGGAAACCACUCGUAGAAAAUGUGACGAUAGAAACCGCCUCUAUUUUCCUCCAGGUGCCAACCCACUGAAAUCACCUGCUGCAGGAGUCUCGUCCUCAGUGGAUGUGAUCAGUAAAGAUUGUCCCACGGAAAAGCCCACAAAGUCCGAAUCGUUCAUUACUUCCAGCGGCAUUUCAAGUAAAAUGACUGCUCAUCGAAGAGUUUCCGCUCCGCAGGACCAAAAGCCUACCACCGUCCUUCAUUCAGACAACACCAUUCGAAAAUCUCCUCUUGUUCCAAUCAGUGUCGCCAGUUCACAUACUGCAUGGUCGGAAAGGCGGGGUGAAAAGCGUGGUGGUUCAUCCUUUCCUGGUCAAAAUUACUUGUCAUCUCUCCUUCAUAUCUUGCCCCUGUCUUCUACCUCGAACAAUUCUCCUUAUAGUGAUAGAACUCCUUUACCCCAUCUCGCAAGGCGAUUUCCUGGCAGCAACCUUUUUUGGACCAUCAUCACCUUCAUACCCCGUCUGAUAGUCCGCUUUCUCCAAUAUCUUGUUUCUCCGUGGACCAGCUGGCUCUCCCUCCCUGAUUUUCUUCUCCGAAAUAACUCCUUUGGAGAUCCGACAGGAGCUGUGAAAUUUCGAAGGAAAGGGCUCACAAGUCUGAUUGCGGCCGUUUAUGUCAUUUUCUGCAUGUUGAUGUUCAGUCACAAUGUUUCGUUAAAGCUAGGACUAAUUAAUGGCGAUAACUUGGUCUAUCGAGACGCCAGAGGAGAGAUGAUACCACGAAAAGCUGGCGAGCUUUCCUGGGGAAACCUAUUUUCAAUACUCAGUCCCUUUGAAAGUAAAUUGCAGAUGGAGUCGAUGGAGUUUGAAGAUGAGUGGAAUCCUCAACUUGCGCUGAAGCGGAGGCCAUCCCACCCACGUUCUUCUCAAAUUUCCGACAAUUCGGCUGCCUCCCUUGCUGCCAGAAUCGACACUUCCUUGAGUUCUAUGACACAUACUGCAAGGUUCAGCAAACUACACCCAAAAUCGGGCGAUCGAUUCUCUGAAGAAGUUACUCCGCUUUUGUUCGAAGGGACGCAUGUUUUUCCCACGGAUUCGAUCACUGCUUGUUUAUAUUCGAAUCCAUUUUGGCUACACAAGCUAUCUGACUUCGUGCGGAGUUGGGAGGGACCCAUUAGUCUGGUUGUCGAAUCUUUUUCAACAGACCGGUCUGAACUCAUCACCAAAAUACAGAGAUUGAGGAAAAUGAAUUCACUAAUUAGGCAAAGGGUCGACUUUCAUAUCGUUCUGGCACCGGAUGGCUCUCCAGCACAGAAGCUCAAGAAUGCACAGCGUAUGAUGUCCGAGCCCAUUGCCACUAACGCUCAGCUCAAUGUAGCCCGUUUUUUCUGUCGGUCAGAAUUGGUAUGGCUAGUAGGAGACGCUAGGGUGCUACCUUCCACCGGCCUUUACGAUCUCCUAUCCCAGCAAACUAGCCUCCGGACGCGCGUGCUUGACUACGGAGACGCAAUUGUCAUUCCAAAUUUUGCUUUCAUUCGAGAAAAACAAGUAUAUCCCAGCAGUUUUCCGUGGACGAACGAAGUUGCUGACUUGGAUCAGAUGGCUCAACAAUACAUCAAUGAAUCACUCUCAUCCAUCGCGCUACCUCCGGAUGAAUGGCCGAAGACCCGUGAAGACUUGCUCAGACUCACCACUGACUCGAAUAGUUCAAAUCCCGACACGUCCGUGAUGGUCAUGUACGAUCAAGCCUGGAAGCCGUCCCAGGGCCCAACUAAUUGGACCAUGUGGCAAAAGUUCGACCCAAAGUUCGACUCCGAAGUCAACUUCAAAACUGAUUUUGCGAAGUCUUCAAAAGAUGAAGUCUCCGGACCUCAAGACCAGAUGUAUCCCAUCGUCAGUUAUGACCUGAAUUACGCACCUAACGUAGUCAUAUCCAGAGAGGGGCAGCCAUGGUGCACCGAACGGUUCGAAUUCAAUAAGGCAGCAUGCGUCUAUCAAAUGUAUUUGUCGGGUACUGAGCUGUGGGUAAUGCCAGAAGCUUGGACAUUGACCGUUCAACAGAUUCCUAGAAAUGGGAAAGAGUUCGACGAGGAUCGGGAACUAAAAGAGCUGAUAGCAGCUAGGUUAUACUCAAAGUUUCAUCAAGAAGCCUGUAUGCAUUACGGUCGGGAGUUUUCAUCACUCGACGCAUGGGAAGACGAUCGUUCUAAACAUGCUAGAGCAGUUUGUCUGCACGUGUUGAGUUCUUGGGGUGUUGGGAUAUCUUCACGAGAUUUGAUGGUGUAGUUUAGUUUUAAUUGCUUCUGAAUUUCCAGUUUUACAAUUUGGUUACAUAACAAUUUUGUGCUAGAAACAGCUGUAUAUGUAUUAGUGUCAUUUUGAGUAACUGCUUGGCUAUUUUAUUGGUAAUAUCAUUCUUUUUUUAUUUUUG